AUGAUCGACUUCUUCAACACUCACAUUGACCCUGCUUCCAAGACUCGCGCAAAGAUCUCUACUCAUCUGCUCGCUCAAGCGAAGUCAGCUGAUGCCGAGAGUAGCAAGUCGUCAUCGGAGCAGACAGGAGAACCCCAAGGCGUCAGAGAAGACACUGCCAGUACCACCAAUUCCGAGCGCAGAGUCGAGGAACAGAUGCAGCAAGUCGGUACUGCAACCAGAAUCGAAGACGUCAGGAGUUUCAAGGCUCGCAUGCCUCUUUCUGAGGCCAUGAGACCUGUCAAGGACCUGGCAGAGUUUGAGGACCUGGGUGCCAAACUCUAG